AUGAAAAUGUUGAACAUUGUAAGUCACAGUAGUGAUGGAAAGAAAUGUAUUGAAUGUGGUAAAGGAUAUUAUUUAACAGAAGACUUCAAAUGUAGUAAAUGUGAUUCAACAUGUAAUGAAUGUGAACAUAAAGCUACAUACUGUGAAUUAGAUUCACUUAAUGAAAAUAAAGAAGAUGUUCAUCCAAUUAGAAUGGCUCAUUGUAAUCGUGCAUCAGCUGAUGGACAAAGAUGUAUGCGUUGUGACGAUAAUACUUAUUUGAAAGAUGGAAAAUGUGUUGAAUGUGGAGAUGAUAAGUGUUAUGGAUGUACUGAAGAUAACAAAUGUUCAGUAUGUGCUAAAACUCAAGAAGAUUUCUUCAAUGGUAUUGUUUAUUUACCAAAUAACAACCAUUGUUAA